AUGAAGAAUCCUUUCCUUCUGCCGUACUCGUUCGAUGAACUCCUUAAAUUGACAAAUUCAGAAAUUUUGAUUGUCCGACUGCUAUCCACUGCAUUUCGAGGACACCUGAAUUCAGCAUGUAGUUCAGAAUCAAAAAAUGAUAAAUUAAAAAUAGCCUUGGAACAAAAACGUCUACAAUUACAAUUAGAAAUAAUACAAAUAUCCGAAUCAUUUAAAAAAUCUGAUGAUGAUAUUAUUCAAACAACAUUAAAUAUUUAUAAUGGACUUAUUCGUUCUGAACCAGCAAAAAAACAUGAUAUUUAUACACGUUGUCCACAAUUUAAUCGUCAAAAAUAUCUUGAACAAUGUCGUACACAUGAAUAUUUUUGGACUAAUUUUAUUGAACCACAUAUUUUAACUGGUAGUAAAAGAUUAAAAAGUAUAAAACAACAAACAAGUUUUAUAUUAGAACCAUUACUUAAUGAAUAUAAAGAUCGUUUUCGAAAUUGGUUUAUUGAUAUUGAUGAUGAUAAAAAAAAUGAAGAAUCUUUAAUUAAUAUAUUUGAUAUAUUAUUACCAGAAUUGAGUAAAGAAAUUAAAUCUAUUUUAUCAACUAUUGAAAUAUCUUAUACUAUACCAGAAACUAUUGCUAAUCUUAUUAAUAUUAUUGAUAAUGUUAUGAAACGACAUAUAUCUGGUAGAGAACAAACAUUAAAUUUAGCAUCUAUUACAGGUGAUCUUACUUUUAUUGCUUUAAAAUUAUCAAUUCAUAAAGCAAUUGAUAUAGAAAAAACAAAACAUCGACAAUGGUUAGAUUCAACAAUAACAGAUCUUAAUGAUAUUGAAUCGAUUAUAAUAAAACAAUAUUCAUAUAAUGAAAAUACUGAAAAACAAGCAGAUAUUUUUUUACAAUUAUUAGUUAAACAAAUUGUUAAUGAAAGUAAUAGAAUUUAUAAACAAAUUUUAAUUGAUCAUCUUUAUAUAAAAAUAAUUGAUGAAUCAUCUAUAAAUAGUCAAAAUAUUUUAUAUGAUGCUUAUGAACAAUCAAUGAAUUCUAAACCAAUUAAUGGUGAAAAUAUUUUAAAAUAUAUUAAAAAUAUUAAUCGUUAUUGUUUAGAAAUUUGUUUUAAUAAAAUUGAUAUAAUUAAACAACAUAUUGUUAAUGUUAAUGUAAAUGAAUUGAUUAAAAAAAUAAAUGAAUGUUUACUAAAAGUGGGACAAGUUAUUCAAAAUAAUGAAUGUAAAAAUUUAGAACAAUUAUAUGCUGAUUUAAUUAAAGAACUUUGUCUUAUAUUACCAGGUUUUAAUAGUCAAUCAAAUAUAAAUAUUAAAUCAUCAUUUGAUAUUGAUAAUUCAUAUCAAUUUAAACAAUAUUUUCUAACAAUGGAUAUACUAGAUAGUGAAACAUUUCUUGCCAAUGAAAUUAAUUGUAUUCGAAAAAAUUUUCAUUAUGAAGCAAAUCAUACAUGUAGAACAUUAAUUAAAGGUAUACUCGGAUGUCAAAGCAAAUGUCCUGGAUGUGGUACAAAAUGUGAAAAUAAUGAAGAAAAUCAUCAACAUCAUUUCAGUCAACAUCAUCUAUCAAUGGCAUUUACAGGUUGGAAUAUUGGAGAAGAAAAAUUACCUAAUUUAAAAUUAUGUUAUCAAAAUUGGCAUAUAGAUAAAUUUAUAAUUCGUGACAAAGAAUUUUUUCCAAUAAGCACUUAUUAUCAAGAAUAUGCUAAAGAUUGGUUCGAUGAUCUGAAUGAAAAAUCGAAAACAGGUAUAAAUCAUUCAAAAGAAAUACCACCACAGGAACAACGUCGUGCUUGGAUGGCCGUACGUAAAAAAGUAGUCAAACGUCAUGGAUUAAAUGAUUAUACAUCAUAUGAUGAUAAACGAUAUCCAUCGACAAUACAAAGUUUAUCUUCAAAUUUUAAAGUUAAAUGGAAAGAUUUAUUAAAUAAUUAA